AUGGCGGAUUCGGAGGAAUCAUCCUCCUUUCUUGUACCUCCCUCCCCUGUCCCCGAACCUCGGAACGAGAUUGAUCUCGAGGCUGGCCCCGACGCGCAGAUCCAGUGCCGCAUCUGCCUGGAGACAGAAGGUAGCAGACCCCCCUCCGCCUCCGUGUUGGGGGUGCCUGGAGAGUUAUGCUCUUUUUUUCUGGGGAAUUUGGGAAAAUAUUUUCGAUGAUUCGGCUUCGUUUUUGGGGUUUUUUUGGCAGGAAGGGAUUUCAUAGCUCCCUGCAAGUGCAAGGGAACGUCCAAGUUCGUCCACCGAGAGUGCCUCGACCAUUGGCGAUCUGUCAAGGUGGGCAAUCAAACCUUGCGUAUUUAGCCACCGCUCAAAGUACCGAGGUUUCUUCUAUUUUGAAAGAAUUUACGGUUUCUCCUAUUGUGUGUUUGCUUCUUCACUGCCAUUAUCGUUUGUAUCCUCUAAAUGAACUGGAACAGAAAAUGGUGAUCCAUUUAACUCAAGUCCACGUACUCUGCUUUAUGAGUAUAAUAUCUUCUUUGAAUUGUUGAAACUCUCCCUGCCUUUUGUUUCUUAUCAUCCUAUACCGUCGAGUAGGUUUACAGGGGUCACCAAUGGGUUACCAGCAAUAUGUAUGAGGUGCUGUAGCAUACUCUAAUGGUGCACUAACAUGUCUUGUCCCCAAUCCCACUCCGUCUUCAACUGUACUGUAUUAAUGUUGCUUUUCUCUGGCUAUUGCCAGACUUUUUAUUAUUAAGUUCCAUCUUUGGAAUACAUUCAGAAAAAGAAAGUUACUAGGAGUACUAAGGAUCAGUUUUUUCCAAUGCGAGCUGGUGAGAUAGCAAUUCUUGUUAUGUUUAUGGAGAAGAUUAUGUUGCAUUCGGUAUUACUUUAAUCAUACAUUUCUUGUUGAUCCCAAAGUGUGCCUUUGACUUUUUUUUCUAAAGAUAUCCCUGCAUAUAAUUCUUAGAUGUCUUUCUUCAUUAAAGCGAAUCAUCUAUGGAAUCUUUAAGUUCAGAUCUGUGUGAUUUUUGGCUGGCACAAUUGUCUUAUUGUUUAGAGACAUUUGAAGAUCUAGGAUACCAGAACUAUUACAAGAUGUUAUUUUAUAUGAAAAAGCUCUCGUUAUUCUUCAUGCCAUUGGACCUAUCUCGCUUUGCUUGCUCUCUGGCACUCGUAUCUGUACAUUUCACUUUAUCAUAUAUAGUAUUCUCAUUAUGAAAUCCAGCGUUUAGCUUUUUUACUUCUAAUUUGAGAGGGAUCCUGAUAACAUUCAUCUGCAGGAAGGGUUUGCCUUUGCGCACUGUACAACCUGCAAGGCUCCUUAUUACUUGAGGGUUCAAGCACAUGUUGACAGAAAAUGGCGAACCUUUAAAUUCCGCUUCUUUGUAACAAGAGAUGUCUUGUUCGUAUUUUCCAUUGUUCAGUUUGUGAGUCCUUUGGCAACCUGUUUCAAUUGAUCGACUUCAAAUUUUUCUGACUUGUUGUUCCCAUUGCCCUUUUUACUUACUGAUAAGCAUGCGUUUACCCUGCAGGUAAUUGCUUCUCUCGGAUACCUGGUAUAUUUGGUUGAUAGUAUCCAGCAGUACCGGUUGCGUGUAGCCUGGGGACUUGACAGUGGACUUUCUCUCUAUUAUAUAUGUGGUAAAAUUCUAAAUGCUGAGUACAAUUCUUAAAGAUGAUUUCUCCUUAAGUUCCCCCGCCCCCUAUUUUCGUUGCAUAUUAUUUUUGGGCCUUGUGAUGUAAGAAGUUAUAUCAUCUGACCAAUACAUUACACUGAUGAAUUGAUUUAUAUUAGACACGUUACUGCUCAAAUAAUAUUGUAAUUUUCUCUGUAAGAGUAUGACUUUGUGGUCUUCCUGUGUAUAGGACCUGCGUUUACAAAUGCUGCAUAGUCAGCAGAGUGUCAUCGUGAGUCCUUGUGUUUGAGUGAAAAAGUGGGGUAAGGCGGUUUUUUAAAGAGUGAAAUGCAUUCCUUCAUUUUGGGAGGGAUAAGUGGUUAGUAUAGUCUUAACCACAUUGCUACAGUCUAUAAAGCUUAUGUACAGUGUUCUUUUGAGAACGCAUGGAAGCUAUGAAUGUAUACCCUGUUUUCCUUUUGAAUUUUAGCAAAUAUGUAUUAAUUUUUACUUUAGAAAUAAAUUACGUGCAUUUUUUGACUAUGAUAGUCAAAUAUGCAGAUAGUGCCUCUAUUUAUUGCAUGUUCAUAUGCCAUAUAUGCUGUACUCACAUAAUGCAGGUCUUUGAGAAUUCUGUUAGCUUGACAUCUUGUGCACUUUAAUAUUCCUGAAGACUUCCAUUCAAAGUAUAUUCAUUUCAUCUUAUGAUUUCAUACUGAUACACUAAGGCUGAUCGUUUAUCUGCUUAUGUCCAUGUUUGUAGGUGCAUUGUUGUUUUUCGCUCUGUUGGGUCUGUCUGGUUGCAUCAUUACCUGUUAUGAUCGAAGACUGCGAAAUGAUCUGGCUCAACCAUGCCGGGAAUUAUGCAUCUGUUGCUGUCAACCGGGGUAAUAUUACCUUUUUUUGGUCUUGUAAUUUAAAUUAUACAGUAAAACGAGCCCCACCUUUUGUUAGUCCAUUAUGCGGGACAGCUCUGCCUUUAUUCUUGAGCUUCUAUCCCAAAAUCAUAUACGAUUUACAUGGUAGACUCCUCUAUCUGCCAGCGAUUACAACAAAGGAUACGCGUACUCAGGUUCUCAAUGGAACUAAAAUCCUCUCCCUUUCUACUUGAUGCCUCAAAUUCUGUUUAUCACAUCUCUCUCUCUCUCUCUCUCUCUCUCUCUCUCUAUAUAUAUAUAUAUAUAUAUAUAUAUAUGGAUGAAGGUUAUUUGCAUUUCUGUUUGGGAACAUCUUCUUUUGUUUUGAUAGACCCAGUGACACAUCCACCACCACGCCCCUUCAUUUUUUGUUUAACUGAGAAGGCAGGCCCUCUUAGUUGCUAUAUAUAUAUAUAUAUAGAUAUCUAUACUGGGAUCCUCAUUCCUGGAUAAGUACACACACACUUACACCCUAUUGUAAUUUGACUAACUAAACGGCAUUUCAUCUUGGGUUAGCCCUGCCCAGACAGUAGUCUGCCCAUCGUAUCUGUUAUCUUCGAAGCGAAUGAUGGACUAGUCUUGAUUUUGGAUUGAAUACUUCCUAUGUUUUGCUCAUGGUUGUGAAGAAUAUAACAUUCGGUCAUAUCCUCUUCAAUCUUGUCCCCUUUGUCCCACCAGGUUGUGCGACUGUCACCUACCGGGGACUCUGUGCAUGUGGACGGACUGCACUGCAUGCUGUGAAGGCUGUGCAACUGCAGCAAGCGAGUGCAGCAGCUCAAUAGGAGCGGCCGGCGAGGCAGGCCUGCCUGUGCUGUUCAUUGUGGGCCUGGUGGUGCUGGGGCUGUUCACCAUAAUAGGCAUCUUCUACAGUGUGCUAGUUGCAACAAUGGUGGGCCAAAGGAUUUGGCAAAGGCAUUAUCAUAUACUUGCCAAGAGGAUGCUCACCAAGGUGAGUAGAGAACUUCUGAAUAACACCCACUUCUGUUCGUCUUUUCUUGCUCACAAAGGCCUUCUGCUAUGAUUACCCCUGCAUUGAAUGAUUCAGCUAAGAUCAUGUAGUCUAAUUUGUCAAGAGCUGCAGUGGGGUGAUGGGUUUGGGUAUUUCCACAUUUGAUGUGAAAACGACUAAUCUUGUGAUUGAAGUAUACAGGUUCAGAGAUCACUGGUGUUGAGUUGACUUCUGAGCCGCUUUUUCAUGCUUGCCCAGGAGUAUGUGGUGGAGGAUGUUGAUGGGGAGGUGACGGAUGGGAGCUGGUGCCCGCCACCGCUGCCCCUUGAGCAUGUGCAGCAGCUGAAGGAACUUGGCCUUCUGUAA